AUGCCUCUGAAAUUCAUGGGUGUGGUUUUGUUUGGCACUCCCGGCGGCUCAGGGGAAAAAAAGAAGAAGAAGAAGAAGAAGAAGAAGAAGAAGAAGAAGAAGAAGAAGAAGAAGAAGAAGAAGAAGAAGAAGAAGAAGAAGAAGAAGAAGAAGAAGAAGAAGAAGAAGAAGAAGAAGAAGAAGAAGAAGAAGAAGAAGAAGAAGAAGAAACAGCAUAAUAUAGUAAUAUCUAGGGGCUUAGAGUAA